GAGGGCGGGGCCCGCAUGGCGACGGGCGGCGGCGGCGGCGUGACGUCACAGCGCGCGGCGGCUGCGAGUGGAGCGGGCCCGGGAGCUGGGGGGGGCGGCGAGGCCGGGGCCGGGGUCUCUCUGCGCGCCGCCUCCGUGCCGGGCCCACGCCGAGGCGCGCCCGCGGCUGUCCCGGGAGCGGCGGGGAGCGGCCGCGGGGCGCGCUGCGAUGAGGCCGGCGGCGCCCCGAGCGCUGCGGGCGGCGGCGAGCCCCGGGGAGGAGAAGCGGGGCCGAGCGGAGGCGGGCGGAAGAGGAGCCGGGCCCGCAGCCGCGCUGCAGCGGGGAGCCCCGCCCGGGCCGCGGGGACGCGGAGCCUGAGGCCCCGGGGGCGGCCGGGCGCGGAGCACGGCCCUGGCGGGGAGCCCUCUGCGGAGCCCAACACGGGGAGCGGCCCCGCAGCGCCGCCAGAAGAGCCUAUCCCCCGAACACAGGUGGAGAGGAGGAAAACAAGCCCGUAUUUCUCAAGUAAAUACAGUAAGGAAGCUCCAAGCCCGCCUCGAAGGAAGGUGCUCAGAAAAUGGACUCCUCCGCGUUCUCCUUUUAACUUGGUCCAAGAAACGCUUUUCCACGAUCCGUGGAAGCUGCUCAUUGCAACCAUAUUUCUCAAUAAGACGUCAGGUAAAAUGGCGAUUCCUGUGCUCUGGGAGUUCCUUGAGAAGUACCCUUCUCCCGAAGUAGCCAGAACCGCGGACUGGAAGGAAAUGGCAGAGCUGCUGAAACCUCUCGGCCUCUACGCACUCAGAGCGAAAACCAUAAUCAAAUUUUCAGAUGAGUACCUGACCAAGCAGUGGAAGUACCCCAUUGAGCUGCACGGAAUUGGGAAAUACGGGAACGACUCCUACAGGAUCUUCUGCGUCAACGAAUGGAAAGAGGUGCAGCCGCAGGACCAGAAGCUGAACGUGUACCACGCCUGGCUCCGGGACAACCGCCAGCAGCUCGGCGUGGGCUGAGUGCGGCCCCCGCGGCCGGGCACCCCGUGGCAGUGAGGCGCCCGGCAGUGAACGUUUUAAUAAUAAAU